UCUUUCUUGUACCCUGCUUUCAUCGUCUGGGGAGUCAAAGUAGAAAGAGGGUAUCACCUUAGUUCGACACAAGUCAACAGUCUCGUGCUCCCUGUAGGUAUCAAUGAGAGGUCUACAAUCAGAUUCGAACGGUGAAAUGUCACGCAUGUCUCCGGCAACGGUUUGGAAACAGGUGACGGGCGCUGGUCGGAACGUGGUACAUCGUUACAAUAGGCUUAGCGUCAAAGGCAAGACCGCAUUGGUGUCUGUCUCAUUGAUCAAUGUCGGUCUUCUGAUCGCCGUCAUUAUCAUCACUCCUACACGUAUAGGUAACUGGUUCAACCAUCUCGCUGAGAGCCUAAGAGCUAUGGGCGUCGGAGGCAUGUUCAUCUGUGCUCUAUUUGUCGUCAUCGCGUCUCAUCCCCCCCUAUUUGGCUUCAUGGGUUCAAUGACGCUAAUAGGGUUCACAUAUGGAGUCUGGCCCGGGUUCCUAGUGGCUUCUUUAGCUGCUCUAUCAGGCGCAGCCAUCGCGUUCAUCUCUGUUAGAACUUUCUUCCUCGGUUGGAUACGAAAACGGUCAAAUGACAAAUGGGAAGCAUUCGGUCAUGUCAUGCGGAAUAAAGGCUUGCCAUUGGUCGUCAUGAUACGUUAUUGUCCUCUCCCUUGGGCCAUGGGCAAUGGUUUAUUUGCAUCGAUUGAGAGCGUCAAGCUGUGGCAGUACAUGAUUGCGAAUCUCGCCAUUUUGCCCAAACUCCUCAUUCCUGUCUUCAUUGGCUCCCGCCUUACUUCUUUGACCCACGAUCGACCAUCUCAUGAUCCUCUUCAAUUCUGGCUUAACAUUGGAUCCAUCCUCCUCUCAUGUUCCAUCUCCAUUUUGACGGGCAUUUGGAUAUAUCGGUUGACUCUGGAACAGAUGCGGAAACUCAACGACGGGGGGGACGAGGGAGAGCUGGCGGCUGAUGCGCUAGAGCGUGGCGCCUUACUUGGCGAUUACACCGAUGACGAAGAGGCUGCUGAUGAGCCUCUGACUCUGGGCCAUUCUAUGCGUCCGAGCGACAGCAUGCUGAGAAGGACAUCAAGUUCUAGCGAUAGUAGAUGAGCCCCGGGUUUCCAAUAGACAAAGACAGUCAUCAUUAUGAGUCCGCGGAUGUAACAGUAGAUGCGC